AUGAACAUCCGGCCAGCAAGGACCAGCGACUUCAUGGGCAUGCAGGCGUGCAACCUGCAGAAUCUCCCCGAGAACUACGACAUGAGGUUAUAUCUGUACUACGCUGUGCGAUGGCCCCAGCUAUCGUACGUUGCGGAGGACAACAAGGGACGGAUCGUCGCGUACGUACUGGCCAGGAUGGACGAGGACGUCCAGCCGGGCGAAGAGCCGCACGGACACGUCUCCUCUAUUUCUGUCCUUCGAUCUUAUCGUCGCCUUGGACUGGCGAAGAAAUUGAUGGUACAAUCCCAGGAAGCAAUGGCGACGAUAUAUCGUGCAGCAUCUGUGUCUCUGCACGUGCGUAAAUCGAACCGAGCGGCUAUCAAUCUGUACAGGGAUACCCUGGGGUUCCAGGUGAAGGAAAUUGAGAAAGGUUACUAUGCAGAUGGAGAGGAUGCAUUUGCCAUGCACCUGUCAUUGAAGGAUGCCACGAAGUAA